AUGGCAGCAACUACGAAUAGAUCCAGAGGGCUUCGUGAAAUAACAGGACCUACACCUCAUAGCGUAGCAUUGGUCGCUCGUCCUCGCCCUUUUCGUUCAUCAGAUCAUAUCGUAAUGGCAUCACAAAGACGAGAAAACAUACGCAAUGAUGCUUUAGAAAUCUUGGCUACUACUAAGAAAACAGAUAUGAAGGCUAACUGGGAAAACAGCACACAAAAGAAGAUCAUGCGAAAUCACAUCAAUAGAAAAAUGGAUGAAGCUAGUCAAGAAAGACGCCUUGCUUUAGAGGAAAGACGAGAUCACUUACGCGAACUACUUUAUUGCGAGGAACAGCAAUAUUUACAAGAAUUAGCUUCAUUGGAAGAAACUACAAUAGAAAGACAAGCUAAAAUGAGGGAAAGAGCCAAAUAUUUAAGAGAAAAGAGAGAAAUAGAAAGGCAAAAGCUGGUUGAAGAAAAAUUGGACCAACAAUUCAGAGAACAGUGCCAAGAACUGAGAACCUUACAGUCCAAGCGAAUUGAAGUGGAAGUUGCCAAAGAGAGGCAGUAUCAAAUAAAUGUUAAGGAAUUACAAACACAAGAACACAAGAACGAAGAAAAAAUAUACGCGGAUUUAUGGGAGAAGGACCGUUUAGCUAAAUUACAACGAGAAGAAAAUGAAGCUAUGGAGCUUCAUAAGCGAAAUAAGCAAAUUUUGGAGACUCAAACUAUGCAGAUGGGAGCAUUAGAAGCACGUAAGAAAGAACUGCUUAAACUGAAAGAAGAUGAAGCGAAACUGAUGGCGGAAGAAGCUAAACUACGAGCCCUAGAAGAAAAAAGAAUGUUGCAAGAAAAAAUAGCUCGCCAAGCCGAAACUAGGAAGAUUCAUGAGCAAUCAUUAAGACUGAAAAUGAGAAAACAAGCUAAAGAAUUACAGGAAGAGUUAGAUACAGACAUGAAAAUUUUAGAACAAUUAAUGCAAGAAACAAGAACUGAAGAAAAGCAAGAAAGGGAAAGAAAGACUGCUUUACGCGAAGAAACUAUGAGAUAUCACGAAUAUCUUAAACAACAAAAAUUAGAAGAACAACGAAGAGAGAAGGAAUUGGACACAUUAGUAAAUACUGAGAUUGAAAAACAAUGGCAGAAACGAGAUCAGCAAAGGCGACGAGAAACUGAAGCUCGUAAUAAAUUGAUGGCUGAAGUAUUCGAAACCAGAAGACAACAAUUACAAAUUAAAUUACAAGAAAACCGAGAACGCCAGGCUAAAGAAGCAAUUGCCCGUCAGGAGCUACUGGACAGUAUGGAGGAGCACAAACGCUUGGAAUUACACCAAAAAUUAGAAAGAAAAGAGCAUGAUUUAGCCUACAGACGUGAUUUAGAAAUGCAAAUCAAUUAUCAAAGCCGUAUCAAAGAUACUGAAAGAUUACGACAGCGAAAACAUGAUCAAAUUGAAGUUACGGCAGAGGAAAACUAUCAACGCAAAUUAAACUACGCAUUAGACAACGUGCGCCUAGAAAAUGAGCAUCCUUGGAGAACGAUGCUCAGGAAUCAAUCAAAAGCUACCUAAUUUACAGCAAGGCAAAAAUUGGCAGAUUAUGAAUUGACUACACAAAUAGACUUCAUCUUAGCUGACUUGCAACUGAAAUAAAUAUGCAAUAAGUAUAAGGAUCAAAAGAAUAACUAAUUAAAUCAACAUGCCGUGUAAUGUAUAUAGUAAAUACAAAUCUUUCCAUAUUGUCUGGCUUGCGAACAUGUCUUACAGCUAAAG